UAAGAGCGUGAAAACAUGAGCAUGCACCGGCCAGCUGUGUUCGAAUUCCAGCGACAAAUUCAGUUCUGGGAGAAAACAUUCGUUCACAGUGCUUUCCGUGCGCUCCAUUGAACAGAGUUCAUCAUGUGGAGGAGUACUUUACUCCUGGUCAGACAAGCCAGGUUGGGGUUUCGGCACUUCCGAACGCGUAAAGAUUGCACUCCAGAAACCAAUUCGCUGAAGCCGAGAAUAGGAAAGAGCAUUGCUUUCACAAUCGGUGCGACGACAUUGUUCCACACCGGGUCAACGAUUUGGAUAUACGAGGACUUGAAACAAAAAGAGGAAAAUAAAUCGAAGAUUUCAAAAUCAUCCCCACGACCGUGGUACUACGAUUCACCGACCCACAGAUGGUGGAAGUCUCUAACGCCGGCGAAAAAAGUUUUCUUCGGCAUCCUCACAGUCAACGGGAUCGUUUUUGCAAUGUGGAAAGUUCCAAGAUACUCGGACGUAAUGUACAAAUACUUCACACACUCACCGACGUCGAACAAGGUGUCGCCGAUGCUUCUGUCGGUAUUCAGUCACCAGUCCGCUCUUCACUUGGGCUGCAACAUGUUUGCAUUAUACAGCUUCAUGGAAGUCGGCGUCAGUCUCAUGGGACGGGAGCACUUUUUAGCGACCUAUUUGACCGGCGGGGUUGUUUCUUCCCUGGCCUCCCACUUCGCUAAGCUGUACACGCAGAAUCGAGCUGUAUCGCUCGGAGCAUCCGGGGCGAUCUUCUCAGUAGUCGCCUACGUGUGCAUGAAAUCUCCGGAUUCUCAGCUGCAGAUCAUAUUUCUGCCAAUGCUGACUUUCAAAGCGAUCACCGCCAUUAAGGGCAUCAUGGCCUUCGACUUCAUCGGUCUCCUAAGCAAAUGGUCUCUCUUGGAUCACGCAGCCCACCUCGGGGGUGCGCUGUACGGUAUCGGAUACAACCUCGGAGGGUACAAGUUAUAUCUUAUUUAUGGUGAGAGCCUAUUCAAGUUUUGGCACAAAAUCAGAUCUGGAAGCCGGGACAGAUAGUCAGAUUGUAUCAAUAUUAGGGAUAUCGAACGCAAUGGCCCAGUGUGGAUGAAAGGCAACUGGGCUCUCAAAUAUGUUAUUUCGCAAUAAAGACGCAUGAUAUAUGCAUCAACAUC